AUGCCGACGAAGACUACUAGACCUUUAAAUUCAUUCAUACAAAGUGUAUUGGGCAACAUGGUAAUUUUUAUUCUUCAAAUGAUAUUAUGUUGUAUAUUCGUUUAUGGUGAUGUGGGGCCUCUAGAAGAAUCCGUCAGUGAGCAUAUUUAUUUGAUUCCAAUUGAAAUUAAAAAGGAAAAAAGUCAGAUAAAGGAUGACAGUUUGAAUUAUCUUAGCAUUCCAUCAGAUUUCAACAAGCAGAAUAUAUCUAGUGGAUAUUAUAAUGAACGUAAGAACAGCAUUGAAAAAGAUGACAACGAAUCAGUGGAAUACUUACGAAAUUAUGCCAAUAUGUUUAAUUACAUUAAUUAUAUGUAUGAUCACAACAUUUAUAGCAACAAUACAUAUAGUGGAAGUCGUAAUGCGGUUCAAUUAAAUUCUCCAAGAAAUCGGGAAGUGUAUUAUAUUACUUUAAAGCCUUUGGAUAUUAUUGAUUCUCAACUUCGUAAUUACAAACAUGAAACAAUGAUUAAAUUGAAAGACGAGAAUGUCGAAUCAGCAUUUAUUUCACCUACUAUCGUCGUUGAAUAUAAAUCAUAUAUAAAUAAUAAAUCAGAUAAACGAUUCAAAAGUUAUUCAAAUGCACCAGAAUCUAUUUUUCACACACAAGUUAAUGUAAACUCUCCGGGGUCUAAAUUAAAUGUGGCUAACAGUUUUCCUCUUUUAAAUGACAUAAGCACUGAAGUCAGUGACGUCGACGAAAUAUUGGAGCCUGUAAUAGACCAACCAAUACCGGAGACUGAUAAAGCUACCUACUCGGUUGAAGUUAUAUGCACUCCUGAUAUGACCAAAGUAAACCUCUGUUCGGAUUUGCGAGACGAUGGUUACCAUUAUGAUCGGCCCAGGGAUGAUUUCUUUGAUUAA